AUGUUAGUGAGGGUUAUAUCUCUUGAUUUGCCAUUAUGGCAUCGCAUUCUUGUUCUUGAAAUCUUGAGGGGUUUUUGUGUGGAAGCACGCACUUUGCGAAUUCUUUUUCAGAAUUUUGACAUGAAUCCCAAGAACACAAAUAUUGUCGAGGGUACAGUAAAAGCUCUUGCUCGGGUUGUUUGUAGUGUACAGGUUCAAGACACAAGUGAGGAGAGUUUGGCAGCGGUUGCAGGAAUGUUUAGCAGCAAGGCUAAAGGGAUUGAGUGGAGCUUAGAUAAUGAUGCAUCAAAUGUUGCUGUUUUGGUUGCAAGUGAAGCCCAUGCAAUAACUUUGGCAAUCGAGGGUCUGUUGGGAGUUGUUUUCACGGUUGCUACUUUAACAGAUGAAGCAGUGGAUGUUGGUGAACUUGAAUCCCCCAAAGACGAUUCCGACCCACCUGCGAAGUGUACAGGGAAAACUGCAGUUCUCUGCAUGUCGAUGGUUGAUUCAAUGUGGUUGACCAUACUUGAUGCAUUAUCCUUGAUAUUGACAAAGUCCCAAGGAGAGGCCAUUGUGUUGGAGAUUUUAAAGGGUUAUCAAGCAUUCACUCAGGCAUGUGGGGUUCUUUGUGCCAUAGAACCUUUAAAUUCUUUCCUAGCGUCACUUUGUAAAUUUACAAUCAAUAUACCCCAUGAAGCUGAGAAGAGGAGUCUUAAAUUACACCCUAUUCAACAAUCUUCACUUGAGGUAGGGCAUUCUUAA